UGAACUGAACAAGAAAAAAGAUCCUGCCAGAUUUCUCCUCGUUGGUUUUGCGCAGUUGCCGCCACCAUUUGCGCCACAACUUUGCCGUGAAAGCCAACUUCUUCUGCUACAGUACACGAUACCAUGGUGAAUGCUUCCCAACAAAUCGUUGUCGCCUUCUUCUGGCUACUGAUUCAAAGUACGGUGGCAUCUGAAGAUGUCUUUCGGUUGUUCUUCCGAUAUGGCUUUGGAGAUGGUCAAAUUGGGGAUCCCAACAGUGAACCAACAGAAGAAGAUAUCAAGGGUCUGAUGUGUGUUACAAACAAGUUUCUAACAGAUUCACUUACCAACUACACCAAAAAUCAGGGUAUGGAGAUUUUUGCCACUGAAAUUGACUGGGGCUUUGAAGAUUGGAUCUACAAUGGCACUGAACCAGAGGCACCCCGGAAUGUGCCUGUCAUUGUCAACUUUACAGCUACAGUGGAUACACCUGAAGGUAUGACUCCUCCUACAAACCAAGAACUUUGGGAUGCAACCAAGUAUUUUGAUUACUUUGGCUACAUUAUGGACUACAUUUGGAAUAUCGAGGGCGAAAACUUCUUCAAGAAUACACGCGGACUUUGGUAUGAACCGGAGAUUAUCCCUCCUCUUUCUGGACAGAUCCCACAAAACACGGACUGCCCUGCCCCCGAAACUGCCGCUCCUAGCCGAGACCAGAAGUUCAAUCUCACCACUCUCUCGCCCACAGUAUUACCAUCCAUUGCCCCCUCUUUGGCCCCAAGUCUCAUAAGUCUGUCUCCCUCUGUUGGCGCCACAACUGCACCACCCGUAAGCCGAGGGGGUGGAUUGAAUUUGCAGACAAUGUCGCCAACCCGACCCGAAGACGAAAUGGUCUACUUCACCAUCCAGAUAGACUUCUUUGCCGGAAAAGAGAAGCAGCCCACAAAGCCCGAGAUUGAGAAGAUGAUGUGUAAAGCCAACCAAUUCUUCGAGAAAACAUUGAAGGAGAAGGUAAAUCCAGAUGUUACGGUUUAUGCUACCAACAUCGACUGGGAAUGGGAUCCCAAGGCAGCACUUCCAUCUGUGAUAGAGUUCUUUGCCGACGCCAGAAACUCGGAUGGUUCCCAUGUACCCGCAGUGGAUGUCUUUAGUGCGAUGGAGCAAGUGGAUGUCAAGGGAUUCGUGGAAUCCUUCGUGUGGGAAUCGGAGCCAUACAAAGAGAACAUCUUUUACCAAACAGAAGACAUCUUCUUCGCCGGAUCCUACACAGGGUCGCCCAAUCCUCCAGCUCCACAUCCGGGAAAGCUUCAGAAAGUCGACAAUUGCUCUUAGAAAGGAGGACGCAACGGCAGGUAUUCAUAGACGGCGAAUACAGACGGCGAAUACACGAGGCAACCAGAUGCCACGAAGGGAAUCCUUUUUCCUCGCCCUUCGAACACGAACAUAACUACUCUAACUCUACUGUAAUACAUGUUGCAUUUGACAUCCGAGUCUGGUACAUGUACAUGUAGCU